AGACACACGAUACAAUGCCACUUCACCGCUUUCAUGACAAGAGUGCAUAUGUUUCUACGUCACUCAAAUACGACACUACUCCUUCAUCCCUCCCUCAGCCUUGCCUAACGAGAUCCAGAAAUGCCAGGGCCGGGGACGCCACAGGUUGGUGCAACUGCGCUCAAAAAUGCUGGCUUCGCAGGCGUUCAAACCACCAAUACUACAACCCACCAUUUCCUCGGUGGUCCUCAAAAGUCCUGGAUGACGGGUACGCAAGAUGUCAACAUUGCAAAAGGCAACGCCCCCAGCAAUGCGACGCAGACUCCUAAGACCACAGCGAGACAUCGAUCGCGUACGUCCCUAGAGACGGCUCUCGAUGCUCUUACAGGCCGUGCUCGGACCGUCGACAUAACGCCCGUUGUGGAUGCCUACAGGAUCAACCUGCUGCGUGACGCCUGUCGACAGAACGACAUGUUCUUCUUAGUCACACAUUGGAUUCUCUGUGUCUGGUUUCGACCGCAUCAUACCGUCCCGUUGUUGCACCUCAAACUCAACCCGGCACAUGUCGAGGGCCUUCAUAUCCUGCAAAGAAUCCUUGGUUCGAGUCGGCAAUUAAGCAGAGAAGUGCUCGACAUCUGUGUCAACUUUCCAAGCCCGACCAGUGCCUUUUUGGCCUCAGUGUCACCCCAGGGCCCAAGGGGCUUGAUUGAGUCUGCAAAGUCGUUCUUAAACUGCUUGGCCACGAACUUCCCCGAAAUUACUAAGAUUUUUUCCCUUAGGGGAUGGCCGCCCUGUCCCAUCGAACUCAGAUAUGCCCUGCAGCUACCAUCGGUAGUGCUCCAGAAGGUUCUCUAUAUCUCACUCCUGCGCGGUCGAUACGCUGAUCAACCCGGCUGGGUCGAACAAGCAACCAGGUUGUUUGACGCGGCGCUGGAAGACCCUGCUCAGAAUGCACACUCGGCCAGUGAGCUUAUGGCAACCGAUGGGCAGGCUGUAGCUCCGCUAGCCUAUGCCUUCGGUUCACAAUACUCUAGACUUCAAAAUCAAUAUGCUCUCGAGCUCCCUCAGCAGUCUCGGCGUCAAUCUGGUCAGCUGCAUGCUACCCAGUCCCAAGGACAUCCGCAGAACCUUCAAGCUCCAGCCCAGCAACCGCCGGUUCAAGAGCACAUAUACCAUAGAGGUUCAAUCAGUCAACCAUACUCCUCCAUUCCUAAUCACACCUUGCCAGGAAACCCCAGUGUCGGACACUCCAAUGGGUCGGACAGGCCCUCAGCUGUUGUUUCACAAGGUCCCCCUCACCAUCGAGCUUCUGCCAACUGGACUCAUUUCAUGCCACCUGGAUCUGGGUUUCUGCACGGGUCGACUGCUCCUCGGGGGUCUCCUGUAAUGAAUCAUGCACAGCGGUUACCUUCCACAAGCGUCCGCCAUGCCGAGACUCCCUCUGUUACACCGCAAGGAGUCUCACCAGCGCCGCAAUCAACACCACUACCUAUAACCCAGCAGCGAGGACAACCGUCACCUAUACAGCCUCUCAUUCCACGCGACCCGAACUUUGUGUUGCCGCUUCUAGCUAUACCGGAUCCUGACCGGCGCGCUCUGCAUCAAGCACAUCUUCGUAACCCAUUCUAUGAAAAGGUCGGCGGAGAUACCGCCCAGCCAUCUCCAGGGAAGUGGUUCCAGUUCGUGGAAGACCUGAUUAUGUUACCACAGCUGCUUGAUCCGAAGUCAGGGAUGGUGCGGUGGAAGGUGCAAAUCCCCCACAGUCUCUGGACAAGGAAAGCCAAAAUCCUUGAGCCAGUAGGCGAUUUUCUGACCGCACGACGAAGCAUCUCAGACAAAUCUACCCAAUUCAGGUUGAAAUGUAUAAGUGCACACCAAGACACCCUUCUCCUGGAGAUGACGCUUUCAGAAUUCUGUACCCAACCCGGAAAAUGGCCGCACUGCUUGUCUGUCUCGAUCAACAGUAAUGCCUGGGUGGAGUUCCAACGCAAAGCUCACCACGGUUCAGACCUGCCUACCGAUGUGACCGAGCAUCUCCAGGAAGGAAUCAACGAGGUCGUCGUUUGCGCAGACUUUACUCGACAAGACGCUGGCACAGUUUACUCGAUGGCUAUUGAGGUCAUUUGUAUCGCCAACAGGAACACGGUAUUGUCGAUGAUGAAAUACAUAAGUGCUGAAGAAUCCUUGGAAUCGAUCACCGCCGCACUCAAACCCACGAACAAUGGCAAAGACGAUGAGGAACUCAUUAUCUCCCAACCAGUACUUAGCAUCGACAUUGUGGAUCCUUUCAUGUCAACUAUGUGGGUGACGCCGGUCCGAGGCCAAAAUUGUCAGCAUCGCGAAUGCUUUGAUCUUGAUGCAUUUCUGGAUAGUCGAAAGGAGGUUGAUGGCGCGACCAGCCCCGAUCAGUGGAAAUGUCCUAUAUGCAAGAAAGAUGCUCGGCCACCAAUGCUAGUCAUGGACCAGUUUCUCUUUGGUGUACGACAGGAGCUGGCUCGGACGAACAAGCUGGACGCCAAGGCAAUCCUCAUCAAAGAAGACGGGACCUGGACAGCAAGACUUGAUCAGUCGAUCGGCAAGUCUCACGGUCGCGAGAGAGAGGAAACGGAGACUCCAGAACUUCGGGCCGGUAAUGUGCUCGUACGAGCUCACCAGACCACGACAUCUGUCCUUCAAAGUUCGACCAGCACGCCGCAACCAGAUGAGAUAAUCAUCCUGGAUGAUGAAUGACUGGCUUAAGGUCUCUGUUCACCACAACUCCUUCGGCCGCGCCAACAACCACGACCUGGUCCAUCUUCACCACAUCAUGGUGAUGAUGAACAUGACUUUUUUCUCCGUCUUUUCGACGUCUAAAGGUGCUCAAUUGGUCGCAGUUUUCUUUUUUGUUUUCAUGUCGUAUUUGUAGCGCGAAUGAUACCCUCCCGCCUCGUCUGGCGUUCAGGAUUUGGUUUGGUCAAUUGACGCAACGAGGCAAUGACAACGGGCGUUUCUGUGGGCUGCAGUGAAGAAAUUCUUCUCCCUUGCACAGGGAAAUCGUGCUACAUGGCUGUACAUAU